UUCAUUGGGCUCUGCGGCCUGCGGCGGAGCAUCUCGACCGCAAGUGGGAGGCACAAGGAAAAGGAAACCAGAGCGGACAAAAAUAUUGUCGCCCGUUUGGAGCUUUCCUUUCGGUGUGUGAACAGUGGGCCAGUUGCCAAUAAACGCGACCUUUCCUUGGCAAACAAGAUAUAUAUAAGAAACUCUGUAUAAAGAUUAGGCGGAUCCAAGACGUGAAUGAGAAAUGGAAAAAAGAAGUGAGACACCGAUAAAAAGCACAAAGUUUCGAAAACUGAGCGAUGCGGACAUGACGGAGGUUCAGCUAAACAAUUUGGAUUCUGGCGUUAAGGAUAAUGUCGAAACUGGAAGCUCCCAGGGGAUUGAUGGAUCAAGAAAUAGUGUCGUGCAAAAUUCGAAAUGGUUCAGAUCCAGACUCUUUAUCAUAUCCGUGGUUUUCUCUGCCCUUAUAAUUACAGCCAUGUGUAUUGGCUUUGUGGUGCACUACGGAAUGUCCGGCGAUGUGGGCGACAUGGAAACGGUGACCUUUUGGAACGUAACGCUGCCCAAGGAGCAGCAGGAGUGGUACGACCAAGGAAUCGAUGAGCUAAAAAAGGCCGUAUACCGGGAAUUUAAUCGAAGACGAGCCAAGAACGUAAUACUCUUUGUGGGCGAUGGCAUGGGACCGAAUACGGUGACAGCAGCUCGUAUCUACGGAUUCAAGGAGGAAGGACUCCUCAGUUGGGAGCGCUUUCCGGACAUGGGACUACUGAAGACCUACUGUGCCGAUAAGCAAGUUCCGGAUUCCUUCUCCACGGCUACCGCGCUUUUUGGCGGAGUCAAGGUGAACUACGAAACCGGCGGAGUGGACGCGAAUGUGCCACUAGGAAACUGUACCGCAUCCUUGCAGAAGGAUCACCAUGUCCAGACGAUUCUCAGAUGGGCUCAGCUGGACGGAAUGAGAACAGGCUUUGUGACCACAACCCGGGUAACCCAUGCCACUCCGGCGGCGCUUUAUGCCCAUGUGGCCGAUCGCCGCUGGGAGUGUGAAACCGGAAUGACGGAAGAGGCCCGGAAUCAGGGCUGUAUGGAUAUAGCCCGUCAGCUGAUCGAGCAGCCCACUGGUCAGAGAAUCAAUGUAAUAAUGGGCGGUGGUCGUCAGAUGCUCGUGUCCGAUGUCGUCGAUUCACCAGCCGAUCCCUUGGACACUUGGGCCAGCAAAUCGGCGGAUGGACGGAAUCUUAUCCAAGAUUGGAGGCGGCUGAAGGAAGAGGAGGGUGUUACGCAUGCCGUCAUCCAAAACAAUCGUGAGUUGUGGAAUCUCAAUGGCCAGAAUGUUGACUAUCUACUGGGCAUAUUCGCCAAUGGCCACCUUAUGUACGACUACGAGCGAGAUCGGAGUGAGAACGGAAUGCCUUCUUUAUCAAAUAUGACUCUGAAGGCGCUCGAAGUUCUGGGAAACAGCGAUAAAGGAUUUCUGUUGGUGGUGGAAGCUGGCCUCAUCGAUCAAGCACAUCAUCGGGGAAAUGCCCGCAAGGCACUUCAUGAGGUUCUCGAGCUAAAUACGGCUGUUGAGUCCACGCUUGCCUUCCUCAAGUCCACGGAUCGAUUGGAUGAAACUCUAGUAAUAGUAACAGCAGAUCACUCGCAUAGUUUAACGAUUAACGGACAUCCUGAUAGAGGCUCCAGCAUAUUGGGUCUUGCGGGAAAUUCAAAGACAGAACAAACCCCCUACACCACAUUGACUUAUGGCACUAGCUAUAAAGGAUUUCAGGUGGAUCCCGAAACCCAGAACCGAAAGGAUCCCACGAGCGAUAAUAUAACCGAUUGGGACUACACCCAACAGGCAGCUAUUAAUACAGACGAAAAUCUCCACGGCGGAUCCGAUGUUACGAUUCACGCCGAUGGAGCCAUGUCCUAUCUUUUCCACGGCGUCCAUGAACAAAGCUAUGUAGCCCACGCCAUUUCCUACGCCCUGAGGAUCGGACGCUUCCGGGACAGUUCCAUCGCCGAAACUUUGGCUGAGCUAACGCCUUUAUAAAUAUAGAUAAAUCCAUUUACUCUCAGAAAUAUUAAGAAAUAUGUUUACGAAAACAAUAUUUUGUUAAGCGGCAGAAGCUAAAUAUUUACGUUGACCUGAUUAUAACAAUCUGUUGGUGUUUAAGAAUUUUAAGGAAAAUGAAGGUUGAAUCAAUUUAAAUAUACAGAGUAUUAAACUUUACUUUAUUUACCGCUCUGAUUAAGAAAAAAAUAAAUCUUUACUUAGUUGUUUAAAAUAUCUUUCCUCCUUUUAUGUAUUAAGCAGUGAAACCUGUAAGAGAAGUUGCUAUCUCAACAGCCAAAAUAAGAAUUUUAUUAGAGUCUAGCUGAAAGUGAACUUGAAGGCUUGUGUCUACACAAAUAAAUCAAAAUAAAUUGUUUUUAAUAAAAAA